AUGGAUCUCCCUUCAGAUCGCUCCUCCGGCACCUCCACCUUCCAGCAGUUCAUGCAUCGGAGGAUCUUAGCCUGCCAGCAAGACCGCAGGCUUCUCCUGCAUGAGGUCCACCAUCUCGAGAAUCGUCUCUAUGAGGUGGAGAAACACUUGGAAGAAAUCAAGGCUGGAACAAGAACGACCAACAGGGAGUUGUUCGAGUGUGUUAAGGACGAGGUGGACGUGGCUUGGAAGUGCGCCAAGAUGAAGAUGAAUCUGGAGAAAGUUUUUGGGGCGCAAGAAAUCCAGAAAUUAUGGGAUACCGAUGAGUCAUUGAUGAUCGACAGCAAAGAUCCUGGAUCACAGUCUACAGAUAUGGUUGCUAAGGUUGAACGCUUGCUAAAGAAUCUGGAAAGCACCGGAAUGGACCUUAAGUUACCUGAAAUGCUGGUCAACGAACUCGCUGAAGGAAGUAAGAGCUAUCCUGAUGUAGUGGAAUCCAGUAAGAUGCCACCAGGGAGAGCAAAAUCAAGCUUAGAAAAGAUCAAAUUCGACUGA